AUGGACCUGGCCUGGCACAGAAUUGAGGAGUGCCCGAGCACAGCAUCCACAGCUAACCUGACACAGUGCAUUGUGCUCGUCUCUGUCACUAAAGAUAGUAACUUGGACUGGCUCUUGGGAAAAUAUGUAUCUGCAGAAAAACUCCAAAGAGUCAAGUUGCUUUUCGAAAUCGAAAGAAUGAAUUCUCUCAGCAAGAUCAAAGACAAAGAGGUUGCAAUUGCGAUCGAGAUCGAAAAAAAGAAUUCUCUGAUCAAAGACAAAGAGAUUGAAAUUGCGAUAUGCGAUAAUGAGUUUUCAUCCAUAUUACCUCCUCAGGGUUAUUUGAAUCUAAGUUAUCUCAGAUUAAAAGGAGCUGUACACCUUAGAGGUGUCUUUGAACAGUGGGAAUUAUUAAACUUGGAGGGCAUUCAAGGAGACCGAGGGACCAAGUGGACCAGGUAUCUCGAUAAUCGUAAGAACGUAUUGGAAAUUUUUCAGAACGUUUGGUCGAAUCCAAGAUACAAUGCAUAUGCGGUUGGAGACUAUGUAGAAUGGCGUCGCAGCGCAUUAACGUCUGUGCAAAACGAAGCAGUGGAAUAUAUGUGUAAAGAGCUGAACAUUAAAUAUCAGAUUGUUGAACCUGCUGACGAAGGAAUCAAGACAUCUACGACCAAUACUGAUAAGACUAAAACUGAUGAACCCACCCCGACCAAUACAGGCAUUAUCUCUUAA